UUGAUGGCGCUGGGAAGGGGGAAAAGGAAGAGAGGGGGCCGGACUGGAAUUGAUUAAGUUGGGAGGAGAAAGAGGAGAAGGCUGGGCGAAGCGCAGCUCAGCCCGGGGGCCCUCCUUUGAAACGGACUAAUUGGGGAGCGAAGACACAAAGGGACGCGAAAGGCGCUCGGAGAGACGCACAGCAAGGAAGUUUCCCGCUGGGUGAGUGGAGUUGCUCCCCUGGAUCUCCCAGGCGGAUCCCCCCUCUUCACCCCCCCCCGCAGAAAACCAACUCGGAAACUUUUGCCAGGACCUGUGUCCCCCGAGGGAGUGACAGAUCCCAGCUCGUCCUGGGGAGGAGACGAGGCGAUCGGGUGUCGGUGAGAACCGAGGGGGGGAGAGAGCCACCAUGCGCCUUGCCGACGCGUCCUUGGCUCGCUGCCUGGCGCCGCCGCCGCCGCUGUUGCUGCUGCUGCUGCUGGGCUCCUGCCGGGCCCAGUUCCAUGGGGAGAAGGGCAUUUCGAUCCCCGACCACGGCUUCUGCCAGCCGAUCUCCAUCCCUCUGUGCACCGACAUUGCCUACAACCAGACGAUCAUGCCCAACUUGCUGGGGCACACGAGCCAAGAGGACGCUGGUUUGGAGGUGCACCAGUUCUACCCGCUGGUGAAAGUGCAGUGCUCGCCGGAGCUCAAGUUCUUCCUGUGCUCCAUGUACGCGCCCGUCUGCACCGUCCUGGAGCAGGCCAUCCCGCCCUGCCGCUCCAUCUGCGAGCGGGCGCGCCAGGGCUGCGAGGCGCUCAUGAACAAGUUCGGCUUCCAGUGGCCCGAGAGGCUGCGCUGCGAGAACUUCCCCCGCCACGGCGCGGAGCAGAUCUGCGUGGGGCAAAACCACUCGGAGGAAGGCGGCUCGCCCGCGCUGCUCACCAGCGCCACCCCCAUCGCCGGUCAAGGCACGGUGGGCCACCCCCGCUACGCCACCCUGGAGCACCCCUUCCACUGCCCCCGCGUGCUCAAGGUGCCCAGCUACCUCAACUACAAGUUCCUGGGCGAGAAGGACUGUGCUGCGCCCUGCGAGCCGGCCAAGCCCGACGGGCACAUGUUCUUCAACCAGGAGGAGAUCCGCUUUGCCCGCAUCUGGAUCCUCAUCUGGUCGGUGCUGUGCUGCGCCUCCACCUUCUUCACCGUCACCACCUACCUGGUGGACAUGCAGCGCUUCCGCUACCCGGAGAGGCCCAUCAUCUUCCUCUCGGGCUGCUACACCAUGGUGUCCGUGGCGUACAUCGCCGGCUUCGUGCUGGAGGAGCGGGUGGUGUGCAACGAGCGCUUCCAGGAUGACGGCUACCGCACGGUGGUGCAGGGCACCAAGAAGGAAGGCUGCACCAUCCUCUUCAUGAUGCUCUACUUCUUCAGCAUGGCCAGCUCCAUCUGGUGGGUCAUCCUCUCGCUCACCUGGUUCCUGGCGGCCGGCAUGAAGUGGGGCCACGAGGCCAUCGAGGCCAACUCACAGUACUUCCACUUGGCCGCCUGGGCCGUGCCGGCCGUCAAGACCAUCACCAUCCUGGCCAUGGGGCAGAUUGACGGGGACCUGCUCAGCGGCGUCUGCUUCGUGGGCCUCAACAACAUCGACCCCCUGCGCGGCUUCGUGCUGGCGCCGCUCUUCGUCUACCUCUUCAUCGGCACCUCCUUCCUGCUGGCGGGCUUCGUCUCCCUCUUCCGCAUCCGGACCAUCAUGAAGCACGGAGGCACCAAGACGGAGAAGCUGGAGCGCCUGAUGGUGCGCAUCGGCGUCUUCAGCGUGCUCUACACCGUCCCGGCCACCAUCGUCAUCGCCUGCUACUUCUAUGAGCAGGCCUUCCGCGAGCACUGGGAGCGCAGUUGGAUCAGCCAGAACUGCAAGAGCCUGGCCAUCCCCUGCCCGCUCCAGUACACCCCGCGGAUGAACCCCGACUUCACCGUCUACAUGAUCAAGUAUCUCAUGACGCUCAUCGUGGGCAUCACCUCAGGGUUCUGGAUCUGGUCGGGCAAAACCCUGCACUCCUGGAGGAAAUUCUAUACCAGGCUAACUAACAGCAAACACGGGGAGACGACCGUUUAAAAAGGGGGAUAUCGAGAGGUGGGGGAAGGAGAGAGAGACUUGGUUUGCCGGCCCCAAACUUUGAAACAAUUGUGGGGAAAAACAGAGGGCCCCCACCCCGGAUGUGCUCUGUGGGGGGUAUGGGGUUUUGUUUUUUUUUGCAGGGAGGGGGAGCCUCUCUCUGGAAUUUAGGAAGUCCUGUUGCACAGAGCCGAGACCUUCCUUUUGACAAUCUCGAGAGAAAACGCGGAGGCACGGGAGGAAAAGAACGAGGGAGAGAGACCGAAGUAUUUAAAACUGUCUCCUUUUAAUUAAAACUUUUUUUUUUGCUUUAGGUUUUUAUUAACUAUUAAAGGGUGUCUUUUGUAAUUAAAAUUGUAAAUAGCAUUUGUAAAUUUAAUUAUAUAUUUCUAUUUAAAAAAAAGAGCGAGAGAGAAUGCCAGCAAGGACCCAGAAACAUAGGGAGAGGGUCAAAGAAAGGAAAUGGUCACCCAUAUUCUUCUCUCCCCCCCCCUUUCUUUGGGUACUAUAUAUAUUUUCCCCCUUUGCCUUUGCCAUACCAUCAUCACCCCUCCCUCUCCAUGGAGCCAUGAGGACUGCCUGCUGUUUGGGUUGGCCCCUUAAUAGGACAUUCUCGCUUAAACUUUUCUGAAGAGCCAGGCUUGGAAUUGCUCCCCCACCCCUGCAAAAACACAUCGCCCACCAACUCCCCUUUGGAGACUACAGUUUUUUUGGUACGGAUCCAGGAAGACUUCUCCCAUCUCUCUCAUUUUUUCCUCUCCGCUUCUGAAGGUUUGCAAGUAACUUUCUGCAUCUAUGAAAACACAGUGCCGGUGGGGGUGGGAUGUGAGUCCUUUGCUGAAAAUUGGGCCCUGGCUGUGCGGAUCUCCUUAUGGUGAUUUCUGCUAAAGAAAGAAAUCUGCUGCAAGAAAAGGGUUCCCCUCUCCCUCCUGCCUUAAGCUGCAGAGUUCUUUUUUCUGUUGCAUUUGUACAUUUCUAUUCCCCCCCCCUUUUAGAUGUUUUGUACAAAAGGUGUCUUUUUAAAAACUACAUUUCCUGUAUUAAACAGACUUGUUCUUUGCAAA